AUGUACAUACGAUGUCAAAACUGUAACUCUCUUCUCUUUUUCCUUGCUGUGAAUAGGAAAGGUAAAUUAACGAAAUGGCAAAGUCAAAGAAUCACACUAAUCAUAACCAAAACCGCAAAGCCCAUAGAAAUGGCAUCAAAAAGCCUACAAAAGUCAGGCAUGAAUCCACCCUUGGAAUGGAUCCCAAGUUCCUCAGAAAUCAGAGGUUCUGCAAAAAAGGUAAUCUUAAGCCCGCCAAACAAGUUGCACGCGCAGCUGAGAGGAAAGCAACACGCGAAGCCAAGGCUAAGAAAUGAACACCUAGUUGUAAGGAAAUAA